AGUUUGCGCACAGCUCAGAGCUGGGCGAGGGAAGGCGCCCGGAAGGAAGCCAGCCCCCCCAGGCACUGGGUGGGCUGCGCCGCGGCUCGCGGACCUUCCUGGGUUGGAGAGGUGCGCACCGUCUGCACCUUACCCGGCGGCUGACAUCUCCUGCCCAGGAGAUGGGCGCUGGAGCUUGAGUUCCUGAGUCUCUGGAGCCACCACCUGCGAAUGUCCUUCGCUUCUCCGGAGCUGUACCCAGCCGCCCUGUGAGACUAUUCCAGGAUUUGGACGACCAUCUUCAAAAACCAAAAAUGAAGUUCACAUUCACACGCCGGUGCUUGGUACUCUUCAUUUUUCUAAACCACCCAACCCCAAUUCUUCCUGCCAAUUCGAAUAACACCUAUCCUCCCAAUAUGAAGUCCGAGCCAUUUCUGUACGUCCUAGGACGAAAGAAAAUGUCGGAUGCGCAGUACAAAUGCUAUGACCGCAUGCAGCAGUUACCCCCAUACCAAGGAGAAGGUCCGUAUUGCAACCGUACAUGGGAUGGAUGGCUGUGUUGGGAUGAUACACCGGCUGGAGUAUUGUCCCAUCAGUACUGCCCAGAUUACUUUCCAGACUUUGACCCAACAGAAAAGGUUACAAAAUACUGUGAUGAGAAUGGGGAGUGGUAUAAGCAUCCUGAGAACAAUCGAACCUGGUCCAACUAUACUAUGUGUAACGCUUUCACUCCUGAGAAACUGAAGAAUGCAUACGUCCUGUACUACUUGGCUAUUGUAGGCCAUUCUUUGUCGAUUUUCACCUUGGUGAUUUCACUGGGGAUUUUCGUGUUUUUCAAGAGCCUUGGCUGCCAAAGGGUGACUCUGCACAAGAACAUGUUUCUGACUUACAUUCUGAAUUCCAUGAUUAUCAUCAUCCACCUGGUUGAAGUCGUACCCAAUGGAGAGCUUGUGAGAAGGGAUCCUCUGAGCUGCAAGAUUUUGCAUUUCUUUCACCAGUACAUGAUGGCCUGCAAUUAUUUCUGGAUGCUCUGUGAAGGAAUCUAUCUGCACACCCUCAUCGUGGUGGCCGUGUUCACCGAGGAGCAGCACCUGCGCUGGUAUUAUCUCUUGGGCUGGGGAUUCCCGCUGGUGCCAACCACUAUCCAUGCGAUUACUCGGGCUCUGUACUUCAAUGACAACUGCUGGCUGAGUGUGGAAACCCAUCUGCUUUACAUCAUCCACGGCCCCGUCAUGGCCGCACUGGUGGUCAAUUUCUUCUUCCUGCUCAACAUCGUCCGGGUGCUUGUGAGCAAGCUGAGGGAGACCCAGGAGGCGGAAUCGCACAUGUACCUGAAGGCGGUGAGGGCCACUCUGAUCCUGGUGCCCCUGCUCGGAAUCCAGUUUGUCGUCUUUCCCUGGAGGCCUUCCAACAAGAUGCUUGGGAAGAUCUACGAUUACCUGAUGCACUCUCUGAUUCACUUCCAGGGAUUCUUCGUCGCCGUGAUCUACUGCUUCUGCAACAACGAGGUCCAAACCACCGUGAAGCGCCAAUGGGCGCAGUUUAAAACCCAGUGGGAUCAGCGCUGGGGGCGACGGAACCCCCGCCGCUCCGCGGCCAAUGCCGCAGCCGCCGCCGCAGCCGCCGCUGCCGCCGCCGCGGCCGAAGCCGGGGACAUCCCGGUUUACAUCUGCCACCAGGAGCCGAGGAACGAAGCCGCCAACAACCUGGGCGAAGGGGGUGCCGAGGUCAUUGCUUUGGAAAUCAUUGAGCAAGAGUCAUCCGCUUGAAUGUGAAGCUAGCGCAGCAUCG